AUGUCACUCGGAGCACCCCCGCUGGAACUUCAGGCGGCUCUCCUGGAGGAUCCGAAUUACGUAGACUUGAGCAAGGACUUCUUCGGCAAGUUGGGGGAUCUGCAGAUGGAGGGCAGAUUUUGCGAUGUGAUGCUCAAAGGCUGCGAAAAUGAUUGUGAUGGGAUUCCCUGUCAUUCGUCCUGGGAGAUCGUGAGAGCUCUCAGUCAGAAUCCAACCGAGGCUGAAGUGCGGAAAUAUCAGAGGCAGCAGCAUUAUAAAUCUGACCAGAGGAUUAGCUUCGACGUGUUCCUCCCGAUUUUACAUGAGUUCUCCCGUUCGAAGGAUCCCUACAGCUACGACUCGUUCAUUGAAGGUCUGCGUCAUUUUGAUACGGAAGGGAAUGGUAUGAUCAAGACAUCAGAAUUGCACCACUUGCUGACUACGCUUGGAGAUAAGUUAAGCGAACGCAACAGGGGCAACAGGAUGGCGGAAACUGACAGCGAAAUCGAAGUUAUUGAUGAUAACGACAGUGUGGAAGAUUUUCUUGUCGUGGGAUUCAAGAAAGCCACGCAACGCGAACUGGCCAGUCCAGAACUGGGCGAUCCAGCGGAAAACCACGCGCCUGAAGCACUGCAAACCGAUUCAAUUCCCCGUGAAGGUAGCCACGAGGGCCGCGGCGAACCUGGGGAUAUCGCAGAGGUUUCAGUCGGCGAAAAAUGGCAAAACCGUCUAAGCCUGUAUAACAAGCGGCGCGCAUUCAGCGAAACGGAUCUCCGUAUUAGAGCUGGAACUGGACGCGGCAUCUUUCGCGCCACGCUGGUCAGUCCAGAACAGGUCGAUCCUGAGGUAGUUGCACUACAUCAGCCAGCUGAACAGGAAGUGAAGGUGAAAGAUGUCCAACCCGAUGUGCCGUUUUGUUUCCGUUGCAAGCAGAUUGGGCACUGGACAAAAUUCUGUGAGAAAAAGCGGCUUCCAAGCCCUCGAAGCCGGGACCGAGGACGGCGGAAUAAAAUGUUUUGGGCUAGCGAGCGACAGCAGAAAGAGCGACUGAAACAGGAUCGUGCUCUUUUCGAUGAAAAGGUGCGAUUAACGCGACAAUCUGAAGACCUGGUACGAUCCCAGAUGCGCCUUCAGGAAGAUAGUUUGGAGAUGGAUGCUGCGCAGAGGGCUCACCUUGCUGCCAUGCGUCUCCUCGAAGACAAGCAGCUACGUUCCAGGCGUGAUCAGGAAGAUCUUCGCGUGCGCGAAGACCGCAUUGCAGAGGACAGAGAGAUCUCAGAUACUUUUCUAGAGCGACAUGAAACUUAUAUGGGGAUUAAACGCGAUUAAUUCAGAUGUUGUGGUAUACAUUGUUGUUUUAUUUUUGUGCAUCGCUAAUGUCGGAUAAAUGAUCUUUCGUUUAAUGUACAUAACACAAUUUUUGUUUUGAAUUCUUUUGAACUGCCACCCCGGCCGGCCGGAUAAAUCAGUACUAUUAUU